CUCUCUCUCUCUCUCUCUCUCUCUCUCUCUCUGGGAGCUGUGGUUACACACACAGUUUCAGUGCGGCGACCUUUGCCAUGGCUAUCGCAGCGGCAGUUACUAUCGUCCCUAUUGGCCUCCUCUUCUUCGCCUCUGGUCUCAUCGUUAAUCUCAUUCAGGCUAUUAUUUAUGUGACUAUACGGCCAUUCUCGAAGAGUAUAUUUAGAAGAAUUAACAGAAUGGUGGCGGAGCUGUUGUGGCUGGAACUUGUGUGGAUCGUUGAUUGGUGGGCAGGAGUCAAGGUUUGUCUGUACACAGAUCCUGAAACUCUAGAAAUGAUGGGUAAAGAACAUGCUCUUGUGAUAGCUAAUCAUAAAAGUGACAUAGAUUGGCUCAUUGGGUGGGUGUUUGCUCAGCGAUCAGGGUGUCUUGGUAGCACAUUGGCUGUCAUGAAAAAAUCAUCAAAGUAUCUUCCAGUGAUCGGUUGGUCAAUGUGGUUUUCUGAGUAUCUUUUUCUUGAGAGAAGCUGGGCUAAAGAUGAAACUACUCUAAAGUUGGGACUUGAGAGGCUAAAAGACUACCCUCAGCCAUUUUGGUUGGCUCUUUUUGUGGAGGGGACUCGGUUUACACAAGCCAAGCUUUUAGCAGCUCAAGAAUAUGCAUCUUCAUUGGGAUUACCUGUUCCUAGAAAUGUUUUAAUUCCACGAACAAAGGGGUUUGUUACUUCAGUGAGUCAGAUGAGAUCAUUUGUUCCUGCUAUUAUUGAUAUGACAGUUGCUCUUCCCAAAGAUACAACUCCACCAACAAUGCUCAGGCUCUUUAAAGGCCAGUCUUCUGUGAUUCAUGUGAAAGUGAAGCGUCAUUCAAUGAAGGAUCUGCCAGAAUCAGACGAAGCUGUUGCACAAUGGUGCAAAGAUAUUUUUGUUGUCAAGGAUGAUGUACUAGACAAGCAUAGAGAAUUAAACGCCUUUCCUGAUUCUGAACUCGUUGACAUUGGCCGGCCAUUGAAGUCUCUAGUGGUGGUGGUUUCGUGGGCAUGCCUGAUUGUAUUCGGGACGUUCAAAUUCCUGCAGUGGUCAAAUCUGUUGUCUUCAUGGAAGGGUUUGACUUUUGCUGGGGUUGGGUUGGCGGCUGUAACUGUUUUGAUGCAGAUAUUGAUCCAAUUCUCUCAGGCUGAUCGCUCCACACGCGCAAAGGUGGCCCCCGCAAGGUCCAAUGGUAGUACUAGUGUCCAAGACAAGCAGCAGUGACUGUUACUGUUAUGGACAUCCUCAUUUCCUUCUUCCUCUUUUCAUUUAUCAACAGACGUGGGUGUAAUGGGUAUUGUGUACUGUGUACUUUGUAGUAAAGAUUAAAUAGAAUAUGCUGCUAUUAUGU